AUGCAAUGCGACACGAAGAGCUCUUUCAAUCGCCAAUGCGUGAAGACCACCAAAGGUUCCGGCACCUCUUCCAUGUAUGGAAUUACUUGUGGAAGCAACAAGGUGUGCUCUGGAACCGAUCUGCAGUGUUGUGGGGGGGACACGUCUAGCAGCUGGUGUUGCCCGAAGAGUGGGCACUGUGGCAAACAAGGAAUAUGCUUGGACUUUGCCAAUCACACCGCAGGAUCGACUUCUACUCAGACUGGCAUCGACUGCAGCUCCAUUGGCAGCAAGAGCGUGUGCGCUGGCACCAGCCUCAUGUGCUGCAAUAAGGCGCCAGGAACGACGUACUGCUGCAACAGCAACAUGUACAAUGGAUGUGGGACCGGUGGAUUGAGCCAGUGCGUGAAGACAGAGACUUCUCCUGGAUCUGCUGCUGAGAUAUCUGGCGACAAGUGCACGAAUACACUUGUGUGCCUAUCGGGAAACCGCUGUUGCGGGAGCGCGGCUCAGUCUUGGUGCUGCCCCACGAGCUACCAGUGUUCUGCUACGCAAUUCAAGUGCAUUCCCAUGGGCCAGAUGGAGUGCAAGCAGGGCGUAGGAGAUCCUGUGUGUUGCCAAAUGGGCUCGAAGUGUUGCGGAAUGAGUUGCUGCUUUGCAGGACAGACAUGCAAGAACGGGCAAUGCACAGCGUCCCCCGACAGCGCGGAGGCUGUUGCCAAUCCGUUUGUCCUUCAUACCGCGCAGCUGUGA